AUGCAUUCAGAAACAAAUAAUUCAGAAACAGACAUUUUAAUACUAAACAAAAACGAUGAAUCUUUAACUUGUGGGUGUCGAAAAUAAGAUAAAAAGCCAAAUCUUCAACUAAAAAAGAAACCAAUUCAUAAAAAAUAAAAGGCCAAACAAUUUACUUUAGAGGAGGAUUAAUUACUUCUUUUGCAAGUGAUUAGGAUUGGAAAGAGGUUUGAAGCAAUUGCAAGAAAUUUUCCGAAAAGAUCUAAACAUGAAUUGAAAAAUAGAUACUAUACUCACUUAAGAGACAGAGAAAAUGAAAUCUUCGAUCCUAAAAGUCUCUUUUAUGUUUCCCAUGAAGCUCCGAAGAAAAAUAAGAAUUCUUAAAGCAAUUAUCACGAAUUAAGUGUUUAAUUACAGAAUGUUGGCAUUGAAGAAGAAUACAAAGUAAUUUUAGAAAAUUUCAUCGGCCAAGUAAGCGAUCUGUUCUCAUUUAUCAAAUCUUUUCCAAUAUGA